AUGCUAUUUCGUUUUUCUUUUCUUUUCUAUUCUUUCUUUCUUUCUUUCUUUCUUUCUUUCUUUCUUUCUUUCUUUCUUUCUUUUGUCAUCUUUCUUUUUAUCCUUUAUCUUUUCAUUUCUCUUUCUUUCUUUCUUUCUUUCUUUCUUUCUUUCUUUCUUUCUUUCUUUCCAUUAUCUUUCCAUUUCUCUUUCUUUCUUUCUUUCUUUCUUUCUUUCUUUCUUUCUUUCUUUCUUUUUUCUUUCCAUUUUCUUUCCAUUUUCUUUUUCUUUCUUUCUUUCUUUCUUUCUUUUUCUUUCUUUUUUUUCUUUCCAUUUCUUUCCAUUUCUCUUUCUUUCUUUCUUUUCUUUCUUUCUUUCUUUCUUUCUUUCUUUCUUUCUUUCUUUCUUUUGCUAUCUCUUUUAAUUCAAUAUCUUUCCAUUUCUCUUUCUUUCUUUCUUUCUUUCUUUUUUCCAUUGUUAUCUUUCUUUCUUUUUAUUGUUAUCUUUCCAUGUCUUUCUUUCUUUCUUUCUUUCUUUCUUUCUUUCUUUCUUUCUUUCUUUCUCCAUUUUUUGUUUGUUUCUUUAACUAUAAAUAUUUCUUUCUAUUGUCAUCUUUCCACCUUUUUCUUUCGCCAUAUUGCUUUCUUUCUUUCUUUCUUUCUUUCUUUCUUUCUUUCUUUCUUUCUUUCUUUCUUAACAUUCAUUUUACCAUUUUCCUAUUCCUCUCUUCUUAUUAUACAACUUUUCUUUUUACUCCUUUUAUUGUAUCUCUUUUCCUCUCACCACCAUUCCCUUCAAUUCCCUUCUCUUUGUUCCUUCGACGUUUUCUCGAUCUCUUGGCAACCCAGUGGUAGGCAGUUAUCGGACGUUGGUCAGAUUACAAGACCAAUCGAAACAUCUAAUGAUUUUGAGAAUAAAAACGACGUCGGUAGGGGCCAGUUUCGUACACCCUCAAAAGAAUACAAUGUAGAACAAGACUCUGAGGCCAAGUUCACCGUUGUUCCCGGCUCAAAAAUCCAAAGUCAAGAAAAGGAUCUUAUUGAAUUUUCAGAAGCUAAAACGAAAAAACUAGACCCAGAAAAGAGGGAAGAGAUAUCGAAAAACAGGACGUUGCAACUUCUUCCUCCGUCAUUGGACAAGAUAGAGCAGUCGACAUUUUUAACCAGCAACCCACAUUUAGAGUCUCCCAAAUCAGAACUUCCCUCAAAGUUCGAAAAGCAGCAUUCGAACGAAGCACUAACUCCUGAAGUUACAGAUUGCAGCAAGUUGUCGCGUUCGGUCUCAGAAACCGAAGACGCAAAGGAUGUAUAUUGUCCGCUACACGCAAACCGCGCCCAGAAACAAUUUCUUAUUGGUCAGCACAACGAUAAGAUCUCCGUAAUUACGACCACCAAAUAUGACGACGUCGCCCAAGAGGAGUCCUCUUUUACCGACUGCUGGGGUGAAGUGGUCAAGGCAAUGGUCACUCCGCCUACGCCUGAAGACAAACAGAAGAAUGAUAAUAUUUUCAUGAAGGAAGAGCGUAGCCAAUCGGAUUCUGCUGUCGGUCAGAAAGUUGUCGGUCACGCGUCGUCUGAGCAGGAUGAGAACCCAAAGGACUGGUUGCGCCUCAAUACGUACGAUGCGGAAUCGAGGCGUGGAUCAGACUGUACUGGACUUAAACGGCAUAAGACUCUUAUCUCUCCCCGGCGCGUGGUCUCGUUGAAGCAGGAACUACCAAAGAAAAGCACAAGUAUCUAUCUAUCUAUCUAUCUAUCUAUCUAUAUAUCUAUCUAUCUAUCUAUCUAUCUAUCGAUGUCAUUCUGUUCAUAUCUAUCUAUCUAUCUAUCUAUCUAUCUAUCUAUCUAUCUAUCUAUCUAUGUCACAAAUACAGUGCUGAUGAAGUGUACACCCACCAUAAAAGAGUCUGACAUCAGCAUCGAAGUCACCGAGACCCAAGCCAUUCUAGCUAGAUGGCAAGUACACUUCUUUACCCUUUUCUAUCGUGACUCAACUGCCGCGUCAAACUUUCUCAGACUCGCCCCACAGAACCCGGUGCGACAAUGGACGUCUGCCAACCCUACCUAUCAUGAUUUUGAAGCUGCGCUCAAAUCCAUCCGUUCCUUUAGAGCCCCGAGGCCUGACCCCCCCCCCUGGAGCUGA